AUGGCACCGCACGAUGGCCUCGUCCACCCGAAAGAAUACGAUAUCAAAGACAGUAACGUGGAGCUAAUCGGCAGCGACCUCGAUCACCGCGUGAAAUACAACUCAGCCCUCACUGAACCCGCUUGGCAAAACGUCGGCCAAGCACCAGGCCUCACCAUCUGGCGCAUCGAAAACUUCCAAGUAAUCCCCUGGCCAAAAGAAAAGUACGGGCAAUUCUACGACGGCGACAGUUUCAUCGUCCUACACACCUACAAAGUCGGCGACGACAAGCUCGGCCACGAUAUCUUCUUCUGGCUCGGCAGCAAAACAACACAAGAUGAAGCAGGCGUCGCAGCAUACAAGACCGUCGAGCUAGAUGAGUUCCUUCACGGAGCCGCUACACAAUACCGUGAGGUGCAACAACACCCCUCCGACGAGUUCCUCGCUCUGUUCCGGAACUACUCGAUCCGGUCUGGUGGUGUGCGCUCGGGAUUCACACACGUUGAGCCGGAAAUGCGGGCGGAGGUGUUGACGCUUCUGCGUGUCUUUAAACAUCCAGGUAUUGCGCGUGUUGAUUCUCUUAUCGUGCAUGAGGUCGAGCCGACUUGGCAGAGUCUCGAUGAAAAUGAUGUCUUUGUUUUGGAUAAGGGGAAUAAGAUCUGGGUUUGGCAGGGGAAGAAGUGUAGCCCAAUGGAGAAGGCUAAGGCGGCGCAGGUGGUUAACGAUAUGACGCUGGCGAAACAUGUUGAUGUUGAGGUUCUGUCACAGCUUGAGUCUAGGUCGAAGAUCUUUGUUGAUUUACUCGGUGGGAGGGAUGUCGCUCCGUCUACCUUGGAAGCACCGAGACCUGGGCGGUUUGCGAAGAGGGGUGCGGAUGAUAGUACUCGUCGGCGCAAGCUUUUCAGACUCAGUGAUGCGUCUGGAGACAUGUCUUUUGAUCUUGUCAAGGAAGGAGGCCGGGUUGAUCGGUCUGAAUUGGAUGGCAAUGAUGUUUUCCUUUAUGACUCUGGGAACAGACUCUGGGUUUGGCAGGGGUCUGGAGCUAGCGCGAACGAGAAGGCGAUGUGGCUCAAGGUUGCGCAAUUCUAUGUUCGCAAGAUUCAAGAGAGCCAGGAAUCUCCUGAGGCGUAUCUCGCGCCGAUUUCGAAGGUUACCCAAGGCCAUGAGAGCCCAGCAUUCUUGAAGGCUUUGGAGGUUUGA